ACUUUCUUUCUCCUCACGUCUCACUAACAUAUAACACUAAAACUACUGUCCCAUUUUCACUUCCUACUUGACUUUGUCGUGUCAAAAUUUAUUUUAGUCAAGUUUUUCAGAAAACAACAAAAUUCAAACAAAAUUUUUAGACAGUCAGACUAGAUUUUAGGUUUGAUCAAGGAAGAAAGGUGUUAGUUUGAUUAAGAAAUUCAGCUUAAUAUUGAAACCGGAUCUGUUUCCGUUCGUCAAACUUAUCUCCAUCAUCUUCCACCGAUUAAGUUUAAUUUCAUAUUAAACUACCUACCACAACGUCAAUGCAAGAAUUUUUAUUAAGUCUCAGUUGAUUUUGUUAAUCCGAUCCAUGAUUUAAUUGGGGUCGCAAGACUAUCAAGUAGUGAAUAGGCGAGCGCAAGUACUUGUCGAAGGGGUUAUUUCAUAUUUAGUUUAAUUGCCAAAGCACUUUGUGGUCCAAUUACAAGUUAAACUUGUUGAUAUAAUAUGGCCAGUCCGAAAACAAGAAGGGUCCUUCAAGAUAUCCGACACAAGGAUGACAAUAACCGAUGUUUUGAGUGCGGAACGCCCAACCCCCAGUGGGUAUCUGUUAAUUAUGGAAUAUGGAUUUGCUUGGAAUGUAGUGGCAAACAUAGGGGUUUAGGGGUCCAUCUAAGCUUUGUCAGAUCUGUGACGAUGGAUAAGUGGAAAGAUAUUGAAUUAGAAAAGAUGAAGGCUGGUGGCAACAUAAAAUUCAAGACAUUUUUAGAAUCCCAGCCGGAUUGGGACAAUAGCAUGCCAAUUCAACAAAAGUAUAAUUCCACCGCAGCUGCUUUGUACAGAGAAAAGAUUCAAACUGAAGCUCAAGGAGGCACUUGGGAUGAAACUAAAGCCAAGAAAACUGUAAAACAAAGUCGAGCUGCAGCCAAGAUGUCGACUAAUAAUAACAAUUCAUUGAAAGGAUUUCCUAAAAGCACAUCAUCCCCCAGUUUUCAAAAUAAUGGAAGUGCCAACUGUGGUGCAUAUGCGGGUGGUGGUGGAGGUUACCAAAGUGGGGACGCAGGUGGCUAUAACAGCUAUGAAUCUUCGGGAAGCAAUGGAUCCUAUCAAAACGGGCCUCCGAGUGCAAAUAUGACAUUUGCGGAUAAGAAAAAAAUGGAAAAUUCUAGUAGACCUGCUGAUUUGCGACCUAGCGAGGGUGGGCGGUAUUCAGGAUUUGGAUACUCUGUGGACCCUCAACCGAAGGAUAGUUCAAAUGAAGUAUUGGAUCAAGCUUUGUCUUCUUUGACGAAAGGAUGGUCCAUGUUUUCAUUAGCGGCCACAAAAAUUGCUUCCAGUGCUGGAGAAAAUGCUGUAAAAUUUGGUGAAAUUGCCACUCAAAAAGCAGCCGAGCUUGGUGGUACUGUUUCUGAUAAGGUUUCAGAAAUUAGGACAAAGGGGCUCAAGGAUGGAUUGUCUGGAAUUGUAUCAUCAGCUUCAUCAUUUAGUUUAAAUCGAUCUACCUCCGGGAGCUUUGGCGGACAUGAAGCUAUUCCAGAAUACUCAUCGGAACGUAGUUCUUUGCGGAAUAAUCGGUCUAACACUGUUCCUGACGGUGGAUGGGAUGAUUGGGGUGGUUCUUCAGACUAUAAUUCUGGAGGUGGGGGAUAUCAAAAUCAGACUGACGGAUCAUCAUCUUCUUCAAAAUCUAAAAGUCGUGCAUCAGGAUCGAAUAGUAAAGCAACACCAAGAAAAGCAUCCGAUGAUUGGUCAUGGGACGACUGAUGAAAUCUUAUACUAGGCAACAAAAUUAAGUUUUUAAACAAAUUGAUUAAUCCUUCAUUGUGUCUACUAUGAAGAAGUCAAAAAUUUGGAAUACCAAUUAUGCAACAUCAUUGACCAUUAUAAAAUUAAUCGUCACUUUCAAAUCAUUAAAUAUUAUUCUUAUCGUACGAAUAAGUCAUCUCAACGGAACGCACCACACGCCUCGUAAUUUUGUAAAGUCGACAUAUCCACAUUGACAUUUUUAUUUUAGUUACUUUAAAUUUAAACUAUGGGUGAACGAUGUAUUUGAUUCCAUCAUGCAUGUUGAAGCUAACCACAUUCCUUUUAUAUUAUUGGGCUUCGAGAUUUGUAUUUGUUUAAACACUGAAAAUCUACAGGAUUAAAUUAUAGUUUUCCAUUGUUUCUAGACUCGUCGCCAUGUUAUAGGAGCGUAAUCUUGGUGCUAUUAUACUUACCACUGUAUGUAAUGAAAUGUAUGAUGUAAAACAAUUGUGCAAAUCCCCAGGCUAAUAAACAACUUAGUGAAAAGACA